AUUACAAAUCACAGUAAUUAAAAGCGAUCUAAAUUGGCGCCUCUUUUACCCAUCCCCCUUUCUCUCCUCUAAUAAAUAGCUCCGAUCCAACAUUUGAAAUUACAAAGACCCAAAAGGGAAUUAACCAACCAAAAAAAAAUCUGAACUUUGCUCGAAUAUCUCCAUGUCUAUGCGUAGACGAACUUUGCUCAAAGUCAUUGUCCUCGGCGACAGUGGGGUUGGUAAAACAUCAUUGAUGAAUCGAUAUGUACACAAGAAAUUCAGUCAGCAAUAUAAAGCUACAAUUGGAGCUGAUUUUGUGACAAAGGAGCUUCAAAUUGAUGACAGGCUCGUGACUCUUCAAAUAUGGGAUACAGCGGGCCAGGAGAGGUUUCAAAGUCUCGGGGUUGCAUUUUAUAGAGGAGCAGAUUGUUGUGUUUUGGUCUAUGAUGUCAAUGUAAUGCGAUCGUUUGACAACCUUGACAACUGGCAUGAAGAGUUUCUCAAACAGGCUAACCCACCAGACCCUAAGACAUUUCCAUUCAUAUUGCUGGGAAACAAGAUUGAUAUAGAUGGUGGAAAUAGCCGAGUGGUUUCUGAGAAGAAGGCAAAGGAGUGGUGUUCUUCAAAAGGGAUACCUUACUUUGAGACAUCAGCAAAGGAGGAUAUAAAUGUUGAUGCCGCCUUCUUGUCUAUUGCAAAAACUGCUUUGGCCGAUGAACACGAGCAGGAUAUAUACUUCCAGGGCAUUCCGGAGGCAGUUUCAGAGACAGAGCAGAGAGGUGGUUGUGCAUGCUAAGUUGGGCAUAGCAAUUGGAUAGUGUGCCAUACUCCAUGUUGUUGUGUAGUUUUUGUGUAACAGUAUCAUCAUCGUUUGGCCAUAGACAGUCUUGUGUACCCACUUCGUUUGGAUUGAAUAGUCUCCAGAUGGCUUCGCUGUUGUUUCCGAAGAAGCUCUCAUCUUUUGUCACAUUCAGAUAUUGGAGGUGUGAAAACUCAGCCACAUUUAGUACCCGCAAUGGCAGGUCUCUCUGAUAAAGAUUGUGAUUUUGCAUUUUUUUUUCCCCCUUGGAUUCUUAGAUACUUAGAUUUUCUUUCUGAACUUCCAAAAGCAUUUUCUUUUCCUUUGAGUUAUUUACUAACUAGUUUUAGUGUA